AUGAAAUUGGAUAAUAUAGAGAUUACACACUGUCAAUUGAUCAACUCGACGAGAACCGCGAGAAUUUAUAGAUCAAAUGCCUAUGCCAUCAAAUGUCUUGCACAAGAUUACAAUAUUCCGCCACAUAAUUCAGAAUUUGAAUUAUCGAUACUACAUAAAAUAGGCAACAAAAGUCAGCAUAUUCUACCUCUCCUGGAGUCGAAAAGCACUGUGACUGACCUACUGUUGUUGUUCCCCUUUGAAGAGAUGAAUCUUCAUGAGUUUAUGCAAUCGCAGUAUAGGAAAGAUAGAAAAAAAAACAAUCCAUAUUACAAUUUGCUAAAUCCUAUUGCUCAAAAUGCUGCAACUUCCCCAGUUGAGACAUAUACCAACCACUUGGAUGUCAGCCAGUAUUCUCUGUCCUUUUUUUGGCAACUGGUUGAGGGCGUUGCAUUUUUACAUGAUAACAAGGUUAUUCAUCGUGACAUCAAACCGCAGAACAUCAUGCUCACAAACAAGAAAACGACAACCCCUCCACAAUUGUACAUAAUUGAUUUCGGUAUCUCAUAUGACAUGGAAAAUAAGUCACAAACAAAGGCGGAGCCAAUGGAUAAUAAGGUAACGGAUAUAAGCACGGGAAUUUACAAAGCACCCGAAGUGCUAUUUGGGGUGAAAUGCUACGAUGGUGGUGUGGACGUAUGGUCGUUGCUGAUAAUUGUCUCUCAAUGGUUUCAGAAAGAAACGGAUCGUAUAGGUCACGUUCCAGCCAUGAUUGACGAUGGUAGCGACGACAUGAACUCAGAUGGAAGUGAUUUUAGGUUGAUUUGCUCAAUAUUCGAGAAAUUUGGAGUACCAUCUAUUCAGAAGUGGACAACCGUUGCGCAACACGGUUCUGUUGAUGCAUUUGUUGGUAUGUUUGGCGCAGAUGGAGACGGCAACUACAUACUGGACCAGCCAAAGAAUGUGCAAAUCAGGACAAUUGAGAGAAACAUGCCUCGACUGAAUGAAAUCAUAGACGUCAAGGUGAAACAAAAGUUCAUCGAUUGUUUUCUGGGGAUGGUUUCAUUUUCUCCAAAUGAAAGAUGGAGCUGCCAUAGGAUCUUGCAAGAACUGAAACGGCCAUAA